AUGUGCGAAUUCUCAGGAGGUGGUGGAUUUAGAGGCGCGGGUCGUGGGGGUGGUGGUGCCAGCCGCGGCGGUUUCGGCGGUGGCCGUGGAGGGCGAGGCGGAAGGGGAGGAGGCGGCGGAGGUUUCAAAGGUGCACGAGGUCGUGGGGGUGGUGGUCGUGGGGGUGGCGGCCGGGGGGGUGGCCGCGGGGGUAGUGGGCCCGCGAGAGUUGUUGUUGUGCCGCACCGUUUUGAAGGCGUGUUUAUGUCCAAGGGGAAGGCGGAUUCCCUUGUAACCCGCAACAUGGUCCCUGGGGAGUCGGUUUAUGGGGAGAAGCGGAUGGAGGUUGUGCAAGAAUCGGGGGAAAAGAUCGAGUACAGAAUAUGGAAUCCCUUCCGUUCAAAGCUAGGCGCCACUUUGGUUGGCGGUGUAGCCAACAUGCCCAUCAAGCCUGGCUGCAAGGUGUUGUAUCUGGGCGCUGCAAACGGCACCACGGUGUCUCAUGUUUCAGACAUUGUUGGGCCCGAGGGCGUUGUAUACGCUGUGGAAUUCUCCCAUCGCUCAGGCCGUGAUUUGACAAACAUGGCCAAAAAGAGGCCUAACAUUGUGCCUAUUGUAGAGGACGCGCGGCAACCCCUGAAGUACCGCAUGUUGGUUGACAUGGUGGAUGUUAUCUUUGCCGACGUGGCCCAGCCGGAUCAGUCGCGUAUCGUGGCGUUGAACGCUCACUACUUUCUAAAGCCCAGUGGUUGGUUCAUCAUCUCCAUUAAGGCAAAUUGCGUGGACUCUACGGCGAAACCCGAGGCCGUUUUUGCAGCAGAAGUGGAUAAACUCAGGAAGGAAAAGUGCAAACCUAAGGAACAGCUCACCCUUGAGCCGUAUCACAGAGAUCACGCCGUUGUUAUCGGACAGUACAGGGUGUCGAAGAAGAAGGAGUAA